GUAUAUAAAAGAAGGUGAUAGCGUGUCUCAGUUUGAUAGCAUCUGUGAAGUACAAAGCGAUAAAGCUUCCGUCACUAUUACUAGUCGUUAUGAUGGCAUCAUUAGAAAACUCCAUUACAAUUUAGAUGACAUUGCUUAUGUUGGAAAACCACUAGUGGACAUUGAAAUCGAUGCUUCAAAAGGUGUUGCCCCAGAAGAAGAUGUUGUUGAAACACCUCCUAUGUCUCAUGAAGAGCACACUCACCAAGAGAUAAAAGGUCACAAAACAUUAGCAACCCCCGCAGUUCGUCGUCUGGCCAUGGAGAACAAUAUUAAAUUGAGUGAAGUUGUUGGAACAGGGAAAGAUAACAGAAUCCUUAAAGAAGACAUACUCAAUUACUUGGCCAAACAAACAGGAGCUAUUUUACCUCCAUCACCGAAGGCUGAAAUUAUCCCACCUUUGCCAAAAUCAGAGACUGUGCCAGCUGCUCCAAAGGACAAAGCACGCAAAAUUCCUGUACCUGUUUCCAGACCCAUUGUGUUUUCAGGAAAAGAUAAAACUGAACCUAUAACAGGUUUUCACAAGGCAAUGGUAAAGACUAUGAGUGCAGCCCUGAAGAUACCCCACUUCGGUUAUUGUGAUGAGAUUGAUUUGACUCAGCUUGUUCAGCUGCGAGAAGAGCUGAAACCUCUAGCACAAAUUCGUGGAGUUAAGCUUUCCUUUAUGCCUUUCUUCAUAAAGGUGAGACACAGCCUCUCUGCUCUGGGAUUAUUGCAGUAUCCCAUUCUUAAUGCUUCUUUGGAUGAAAGCUGUCAAAAUGUCAGAUAAAAGGCUUCGCACAACAUUGGAGUUGCUAUGGACACAGAGCAAGGUUUAAUUGUCCCAAAUGUGAAAAAUGUUCAAGUCUGUAGUGUGUUUGAAAUUGCUUCCGAAUUAAAUCGCCUACAGUCCUUGGGCUCUGCAGGCCAACUGGGAACAAAUGACCUCACUGGGGGAACAUUCACCCUUUCAAAUAUUGGCACAAUUGGUGGCACUUAUGCCAAACCAGUGAUACUACCUCCUGAAGUAGCUAUUGGAGCACUUGGAAAGAUACAGGUUCUUCCUCGGUUUAAUGGAAAAGGUGAAGUAUUUAAAGCACAGAUAAUGAAUGUGAGUUGGUCAGCUGAUCACCGCAUCAUUGAUGGAGCUACAAUGGCCCGGUUUUCUAACUUGUGGAAAUCUUACUUGGAGAACCCUGCUUCAAUGCUGCUAGACCUUAAAUAAAGAAAACCAUGGCUAGAAUAUGCCUUUAAACUUUGUGGAUUAGACUGAAUAAUUACCAAAGCUGGCUCUGCUAGCACGUGCCCUUUGCUACUCACGUUAUAUAAUAAUUUUAUGCGGUUAAAAGUUCUCAACAGCUGAUAUCAGUCUAUCAAUUAGUUGUUACUUCUUUUAAUUAAUAGUGCUGUAAUUUCUUCUACAGCAGACUGUCAAAUUAAUAGGUCAUGGCGCGACUUCUGAAUAUGGUGAUGGAAUGUCUUUCUUUUGCCUUUUAUAAUACAUACGGUUGUGAGGCUGGUGUGACUGAAUGACACUGAUCUACAUCUGCAGUAUUUAUAAUCUGAUUAACCUGUUUUGAAGGGAAAUACUCAUAGUUCUUCCUUGUUGGACACAUAAAUUUAUUUUAACAAAUAAUAUCCAAAUUCCCAAAAGAAGUUAUGCAAAAAUCAUAUACAAAUAAAAUGCCUUUUAUGCUUGUGCUG